AUGGUGCUCGCCCUGGGGGAGGGCUCCUUAGCUGCACCCCGGGGCUGCCGCCGGCCGGCGCCAGGGCGCUGAUCCCCGACUGGUCUGGGGGGCAGGAAGACAGCUGCCCCCCGCGCCUCGCUCUCUGUCUCUUGAUGUUUGAUCCCUCCGCGGCGGCCACAGGCAUGAGCGAUGGCGGGGCCCAGGCCGGCAGAAGCUCCCUGCUGCUGGGGGAGCCGGGCGCGCCGGAGCGAGCCCGGGGGAAGAGCGGCCCCCGGGGGGAGCUGGAGACCGCGCUGCGGGGAGGCGGCGGCGGACUCGGACUCAAGGACGUCCCGGGGACCUCGGCGGCCAGCCCCGGCUCGUCCCAGGAGUGCGUCCCGGAGAGCGACAGCCCGUCCGGGGGAGGAGAAGCGGAUUACUGCCGCCGGAUCCUGGUGCGAGAUGCCAAAGGGACCAUCCGGGAGAUUGUUCUCCCCAAAGGGCUGGAUCUGGACCGGCCCAAGAGGACCCGAACCUCUUUCACAGCCGAGCAGCUGUACAGGCUGGAGCUGGAAUUUCAGCGGUGUCAGUAUGUCGUCGGCAGGGAGAGGACGGAGCUAGCGAGGCAGCUCAACCUAUCAGAGACACAGGUGAAAGUCUGGUUCCAGAACCGGCGCACCAAGCAGAAGAAGGACCAGAGCAGGGACUCUGAGAAACGCUCAUCCUCCACCUCUGAAUCCUUCGCCACGUGUAACAUCCUCCGGCUCCUGGAACAAGGGAGACUUUUGUCCGUGCCGGCCCCUUCCAACUUGCUCUCUCCAAAUUCGAAUCCCAUCGGGAGCCCCGCCGGGAAUGGAUCCAGCCUGGCUCCCUCUGGCACCACCUCGCCUGGGCUGAGCAGUGGAAACAGCCCUCCUGGGACAGGAGCCUUCAGCCUGCAGGUCCCGUCGCUAGCAUCCUCCUCUUCCUCACCCAGGCUCCCUGCCACCCCGCUCUGUUUCAGCGGCCCGCUCCUGGGAAGCCUGCACGAGCUACCUAGCGGCUACGGACUGGGGAGCUCUGCCUUUGAGCCUUACAUGCGGCUGGAGAGGAAAGACAGUCCCAUACCCAGCAAGAAGCCGAGUCUUUAACUAAAAACCAGUGUCAAAAUCAUCCCCACCCCCCGCCCCCACCCCGUCUCCCGCAUGGGGCUGUUCUGUGGCCAGUGGAAUUGCAAAGCCCGUUGACCAAAUGUCCAGGUGACGUGCGUGUGACUGUGUCUUCCUGUCACGGAAAUAAAAAUACAGCUGCAGGCAACACCCUGUUUGACAUGCUCGACUCGGCAGGGUUCCCUGGGGAGACGCACAGGGAAACCGCUGCUGCUGGGGGCCCCCCCGAUCCCAGAUUGCUAGAGGGUCAAAGGCGCCCCUCUUCAGGGUGCCAGCCAGGUAGUAUUUAUACACAGAUGCUCUGUCUCUUGCCGUCAGGGCCAGGCUGGGGGAGCGAGGGACGGGGGAAGGUUUGCUGGCACCAUGUGUGUUAUUCUGACUUUGCCAUGGAGUGAGACUGCGCGGUCGCUGUCUGAUCUAUUCGAUUGCAGGCGCCCAAAAUCACCCAAUACCCUGGAUGUGGAGCCAGACCUGGACUGAGGCCAAGUGGGACAGGAAGCCCCAGGCAGCUAAAGCCAA